GCGGAAAAAUCGCAAGUUGCUGAACUGCCUGCUUCCCCCCUGUGGGCUGUGCAGAGCGCGCCGUGAGUCGCCUUGUGGGCCCGGCCUUCCCGCGCUUCCCACGCCCCGCCCACUUUCCCGGCUGGCCGGGGUCCACAGUGAUGCUAAUCUGUUCAGGGACAGCCAAGUAGGACCACCGCGGGGAGCAAGGCGAAUCCCUCACCUUUGAGAAGGGAGCUAUCACAGCUUGGACAUUGCCACAACCUGGGAUAAACAAAUGAACCCCUGGAAUGGAGGAGGGGGACUUCAAAACCCAUAACAUAGAAGGCUACAUGGAUUCCUGGAUUCCACCACUGCAGAUCAAGGAAGAAAAACCACUCAUUCAAAAAUGCAGAGAGGCUGGUCUUGGAGUCAUUAUGUAGUCACGGCUGGCCUGGAACUGGAGAUAAUCUUCUUGCAUCUGCCUCCCCAGUGCUGAGAUUACAGGCAUUAGUCACCAUGCCCGGCUUCCUAUCCUUCUUUUGAAGGAUCAGUUAUUGAGAGAAUGGUAAUGCAAUGACCAGCUCAGUCUCCCGGUCUUACCCGUGAAGAACUUGGGGACAUUUCUGCAGAGUGCUCCCAGGAUUGCUUGCUAUUUGCUCAAUUACUGUGUUUCUGCAGAAACGAAGGAACCGACUGGUUAGUGAAGAAUGCUGUCUGAAGGGUAUCUCAGCGGACUUGCCUACUGGAAUGACAUCCGUUGGAACUGUGCAAGUUGUAAUGAACAGGUGACUGAAAAAAAGGAAGAGGAGACAAGUUCUGUUGCUAGUCUUUCCUAUUCAUCUGUGGAUGAAACACAAGUCAGAAGUCUUUAUGUGAGCUGCAAAUCCUCUGGAAAAUUUAUUUCUUCAGUGCAUUCAAGAGAGAGCCAACGUAGCGUAAGUCAGAGAGUCAGAAUGCUGCAGACAACCCCCAAUCCUGUGUUUGAAAGACCAAACUUGGCUGCAGUUGAAAUAUGUAGGGACCCUAGUAGAGAAACCUAUUUAGUUCCACCUUCCUGCAAAAGUAUUUGCAAGAAUUAUAAUGACUUACAAAUUGCAGGGGGCCAGGUGAUGGCCAUUAACUCAGUGACAACAGAUUUUCCCUCUGAGAGCAGUUUUGAAUACGGUCCUCUGCUGAAGUCAUCUGAGAUCCCUUUGCCCAUGGAGGAUUCCCUUUCCACUCAGCCAAGUGACUUCCCCCAAAAACCUAUUCAGCGCUACUCAUCCUACUGGAGAAUAACCAGUAUCAAAGAGAAAAGCAGCCUGCAAAUGCAGAAGCCUGUUUCAAAUGCUGUGCUGAACGAGUACCUGGAGCAGAAGGUGGUGGAGUUAUAUAAGCAGUACAUUAUGGACACUAUGUUUCACGAUAGUUCUCCUACCCAGAUCCUGGCAUCUGAACUCAUCAUGACAAACGUGGACCAAAUCAGUCUUCAAGUGUCCAGAGAGAAGAACCUGGAGACUUCAAAAGCCAGGGAUAUAGUCAUUGGCCACCUUUUACAGUUAGUGUCCACUGAGAUCAGCACUCCUAGUCUCCAUAUUUCUCAGUAUAGCAAUGUGAAUCCAUAGAGCGGAUUCAUGGAUUCCAUAGUUCUAUUCCUCUCAGUUACUCAAAUCCAAAGCAAGGCUUUAUUCAUUUAUUCUGAGAAUGUGAAGGAGGGGGUUGUGAAAGGGAGCCAUGAGCUAGAGAAACAAAGGUUGGUUGGAAGUCAGGUGUGAAUGGAGAAAAAAAAUCUUAUAAUAUUACCCGUGAUAAAGUAAUAUGGGAAAAGGAGCCAUAAGGAAUGGUUUCAAAGAAAAAUUUAUACAACAAUAAAGCAGAAAUACAAAUGGUCAAAAGAAGAAAAGAGAAUAUAGAAAUUGGAAAAAAGGCAAGCAAACUAAAAACAAACACUAUGACAGAAUUAAAAGCCAAACAUUUCAGAACAGGUUUAAAAAUAUACAUUUGUUACCAAAAUGAAUUCCUUUGAAGUGGUUCUUGUUGAGGAAAAUGGACUGCAGAAGGCUUCCGUAUUUGGGUGGAAAGACAAGUUCAAACACUUUUUAAAGUAUAUAUUUGUAUUUCUUUUCUCUAUUCUGUAUUAGUAGUUCAUUUAGAGAUACUUUGUAAAUAUUAAAGCUAUAUCAACUUGCAAUUGUGUUUUAAUUUUGAAUGACCACCUAGCUAUAGCUACAGCCACAAAGCAGCCAUUUACACUCCCUAAUUCUGUCUACUGAUGGAGAUGAAAUUUUCUACAUGAAAAAGCACCACAGAGUGAACAUGAAACAUUUAGUUAUAUUUUGCUGUGUAUGAUUUUCUUGGUGGCAUCAAGUUUUAAAGGCCAAAUGUAUGUACUACAUUGUUGAGGACAGCAGCACCUGUGACCUGGAAGGGAGCCUGGAGGAGUUGCUGCUGAACUCCCCUGAGUAAGUUCCUCUGUUUCCUUCUGGAUAUUGCUGACAACCUCCAGGACAUCAGAGCAUCCUCUGAAAUUUCCUCAGAGUCUUUCUUCACACCCUCCUCUGUGGCCAUGGUGACAGCAGCAAUGAGUGACGAGUUCCACUGCAGCCCCGCCUCUUCCAUACUUUCUUCUGAAAUGGCAAUCUGUGUGAUGCCACCAUCAGCUGAAGUGGGUGUCUGUCUGCUGUCCCAGCACUGAAGCUCUUGCAGUGCUCAUCAGAAUAUCAAAUUUGGUGCUUCUGAAGGUAUUGGAGCACACUUUGUCAUGCUGGUAGAAAUCAAUCUGUCCGGAGUCCAUCAUUUUCCUGAGCAUGAUUCCACCCAAAUGAAUGACUUUCUUUCAGUCCUUCAGAGUGGACUUGCCAGCCAGAUGAGCAAAAUGCUAAGGGCUGAACAGCUGAUCAUUGAACUCGACACACUUCACAUCUAUUUCUGGACACACAAACUUCUUCCAGAGGAGGAUGGCUUUGCUCUCCCCACAAGUUAUGGGCACUGCCUAAAUAAUCUUUGCACUGAUGACACCCACCUCCCUGCUGAUAUCUCAAGCACAGACUUCUCUUCUGAGAGCAACAAAUCCUAACCAUUAGACCACAAGAAGCAUCUGGACCUCUCUUGAAUGUCGCUCCAGGACACACCUAACCACUGUGUAAAUGAAUACACCCAGGGGCUGGGGAUUUAGCUCAGUGGUGCCACCGCCUGCCUUGAAAGUGUAAGGUAAUAAGG